AUGGCAAAAGAGUUGGGAGAAAACGCUAAGCGGAACAAGACGGCAAUGUUGAAGCGGAAGACGAAGGUUACGGAGAAUCAGGAUGACGAAAGGAUAGGAGGCGCUCUUAUGGGUGGAGACAACGUGGACCAGCCGUUCCUGGUGCGUGUGCUGGCGGUCGGCGUGACCUCAUACCUAGCGCACCAGGUCUGGACCAAGAGGAGGAUGCUGACGGACGCGUGGUACACGAAAGAGCAGACGGAGAUGGAGCAUCUCAUGGUGACCCUCUUCGAGUACAUGGUCUCUAUGGGUCUCAUCUUUUUGAUUGGCAUUGUUGUGGGCGUGGUCUGUCGCAAAGGAGUCAUGUGGGCCAAACGCUUGACAAAGACAGGAUAA